AUGGAUCCCCCAAAAAACGCUGAGCUCCCUACCGAAAAGGAUAAGCGCCUCCUGCGGAGGUACGGAACGAUACCGACCGGAGGAAACCUUCUCCAUCACCAGUUAGAGGGAAGAAAGUAUUUCGAUUCGGGUGACUUUGCCCUCUCGCAGUCUAAUAAACCCUCUAACAUCGGCACCGUGAAUACUGGCAGCGAACACCCCCUCCGGGAAAAUAUACCAUAUCCAUCAUCUGCCGUACCAAGCUCUAGCAACGUUGAUAAUGACGCUAACCAGAAUUUGCGAGAUGGGAAGAAGGCUGGUGAGUUGAUGCCAGCUAGCCACCUUGAAGAGGUGAUGGCUGCUCAGGCUCAGGAUGGGCAUGGAGACACGAAGCAAGAAAACAACGUGUAG